CCGGCUCUCCAGCUGUUCGUAGGCCCUGUGGCGAGGGUCCACGGAAGGGCGAGCCGGCUGCUGCCCCGCCCGCGCACUCGCAAGCUCGGCCGCCUGCUCCUCCAGUCCCUGCGUUCCCGUCGGCUGGGGCCCGCUGCUCCCGGGGCGGCUGCCCGCGCUUCUGACUGACAGGCAUUGCUCCCACUGCAGGGGCUGCCCGCCACGUCCCCGGUCUCGGCCGGCCGUCCUGCGCGGCGGGUGACCUUUCUGUGCCCAGCGCGAUGUCGGUUCCCCGCUCCCGGUCGGCGCCGCUCCCUCAGCGCCGCGGGCUCCAGCUUGGGCCGCCCUCACCGCCUCGGCUAUGGCUGCUGCUGCUGCUGCUGUUGCUGGCGGCCGUGGGGUCGGCGCGCGGCUAGAGCGAAGACCUGGAGUUGUUCGACUUGGUGGAGGAGGUGCAGCUCAACUUCUACCAUUUCCUCGGGGUGCAGCAGGAUGCUUCAUCUGCAGACAUCAGAAAAGCAUAUCGUAAGCUUUCUCUAACUUUACAUCCAGACAAGAAUAAAGAUGAAAAUGCAGAAACUCAGUUUAGACAAUUGGUGGCCAUUUAUGAAGUUUUAAAGGAUGAUGAACGAAGGCAGAGGUAUGAUGAUAUCCUGAUCAAUGGACUUCCAGAUUGGCGACAGCCUGUAUUCUACUAUAGGCGGGUGAGAAAAAUGAGCAAUGCUGAGCUGGCGUUACUCUUAUUCAUUAUUCUCACAGUGGGUCAUUAUGCUGUGGUUUGGUCAAUCUACCUGGAAAAACAACUGGAUGAACUGCUUAGUAGAAAAAAGAGAGAAAAGAAAAAAAAGACAGGCAGCAAAAGUGUGGAUAUAUCAAAACUUGGUGCUUCAGAAAAAAAUGAAAGAGUGUUGAUAAAACCACAGUGGCAUGAUUUACUUCCAUGCAAGCUGGGAAUUUGGUUUUGCCUUACACUAAAAGCAUUACCUCAUCUAUUCCAGGAUGCCGGGCAGUUUUACACUAGAUAUAAAGAAACAAGACUAAAGGAAAAGGAGGAUACAUUGUCUAGAAUUGAACAUGAAACACUGCAAAAACAGAAGAAAGUUAAAGUUAAAAAACCAAAACCUGAAUUUCCUGUAUACACACCUUUAGAAAGUGCAUAUAUUCAGUCUUAUGAUCAUGGAACUUCAAUAGAAGAAAUCGAGGAGCAAAUGGAUGAUUGGCUGGAAAACAGAAACAGAACACAGAAAAAACAGGCACCUGAAUGGACAGAAGAGGACCUCAGCCAGCUGACAAGAAGUAUGGUUAAGUUCCCAGGAGGGACCCCAGGUCGAUGGGAAAAGAUUGCUCACGAAUUGGGUCGAUCUGUGACAGAUGUGACAACCAAAGCCAAGCAACUGAAGGAUUCAGUUGCCUGCUCCCCAGGAAUGGUCAGACUCUCUGAACUCAAAUCAACAGUCCAAAAUUCCAGGCCCAUCAAAAUGGCUGCAACCUUGCCACAUGACAUCAUCACUCAGCGAGAAGACAUAGCAGGGGUAAUGCAGGAUGAAGAGCAGGAAGCCCAUGCCUACCAACAGGAGGUGGUGGCUACUGAAGCCCGGCCUCGGAGGCGGAAGCCAGCCAGGCUUGUUGAGGCAGGAGCAAGAGUUGAACCAGAGGAGAAGUUUAGAGGAAAAAGGCAGAAGGAUUUUGAUAUAUCAGAACAAAAUGAAUCUAGCGAUGAGGAGAGCCAGAAAAAAGAGAGAACUCAUGCUGCAGAGGAGCCAUGGACUCAGAAUCAGCAGAAACUCCUAGAAUUGGCAUUACAGCAGUACCCAAAGGGAGCCUCUGACCGCUGGGACAGAAUUGCCAAAUGUGUCCCAUCUAAGAGUAAGGAAGACUGUAUUGCUAGGUACAAGUUGCUGGUUGAACUGGUCCAAAAGAAAAAACAAGCUAAAAGCUGAAUGUCCUGGAAGAUGGCGUUCACCUUCACUUUCCAAAAUGAGUAUUUCAGAAAUCUUAUGCAGAAACUUGCAUUUUGUACCUCAGUAUUUCUAUAUAUCAUGUGCCUUAGUAAAAAAAAAAAAAAAAGGUAAUGGAUGUUGUACUACAGUGUUUAAACAAAUCCUGUGUUAAGGGAAAGGGAUUUGGAUAUUUUGCAUAUUAUUUUAUUUCUUCUACUGCAAAGAUUACUU